AUGCAAGGCUACACUGCAGAUGAUAUGAAUAAUACGCUGAUUUCAACCACUGCAUCUAUAUUACAUUCGGCACUGAAGUCGUUGAGCAUAAUUGCCAGUUCACUUCGUAUACAAGACUUCGAAUUGAUACUUUCAUCAAUAAUGUCACUUCGCCAUCUCAAAGUUAUUUCUAAGAGACAACAAUUUGACUCUGUAUUCGAUGCCUCUUAUUGGGAACAACUUGCUAGUAGCAAAAUGCUCAAACUAGAUAAACUUGAAUUCUUCUUCGCUUAUCAAUAUCAUACAAACGAUCGUUUCAUUAAUCUCGAGUCACUUGUUGCUCCUUUUCGAGCUCAAUUUUGGGUUCAUAUCAAACGUUGGUUUGUAACUUGUGCGUAUGCUCCAGAAUCAGAUGAAAUUUGGCUUUAUACAACGCCUACCGAUCUCUUUGACAAUGAAGAAGUAGUUAGAUGUGAAAUAUCGUGGAUGGACAAUACAUGUCGCCUGACUCAACGGCCACUAGAUACAAUAGUUGAUAACAGUCCAGAUGAGGUAUGUGGCCUAAUAUGUUUGAAACCAGAAUCGGUCAUUGGUUCAGAGCUGAACAAGUAUGGACUUUCUCAAGUACGAGUACAGUAA